CCGCAUUAUAUUAUAUAUAUCGUCUACAACGACGUUCUGUUGUGCCUCUUAUAAACGAUAUACUGCCGUUACCUUGGGGUUCUUAGCACACGAAAUUAUAAUCACCGUUCUGCUGGGUAAGAUACAAGGCGGAUCCAGACGUUGACUUCGACAUUGUUGCAAAGGACACUGCUAUAACGACGACAUCAACGACAAUCACGACGACAAUCACGACAAUCACGACCACAAUCACGACCACAAUCACGACCACAAUCACGACCACAAUCACGACCACAAUCACGACCACAAUCACGACCACAAUCACGUCGACAUCAACGACAAUCACAUCACCCACCACUACCACCACCAACCCCAAAAAAUGCCCUCCCAACUCCCCCUCCCCCACCCAAUCUCCUCCCUCGACACCCCCUCAAUGCUAAUCUCCCUCCCCGCCCUCGAAUCAAACAUCACCUCCCUCUUCUCCCUCCUCGCCGCCUCCCAAUCCCCCAACACCAAAAACAAAAUCUCCGUCCGCCCCCACCUCAAAACCACCAAAUCCCCACACAUCGCCCACAGACUCACCCGCGCCGGCGCCCGCGGGUUCUGCGUCGCCAAGGUCUCGGAGGCAGAAGUCAUGCUCGACGCGGGUGUGACGGAUCUGUUGAUUACCACCGAGGUGGUGGGCGAGGUCAAGGUUGCGAGGGUGGUGGAGCUUGUGCGGCGUGUGGAGGGGAUCAAUCUGGCUCGGGCUCGGGCUCGGGCUCGGGCUCAGGCUCAGAAGGAUGGAGAGGAGGAAGGAGAGGAGGGAGAUGGAGACGGAGAAGGGGAAGCAAGAAUAUGCUGCGUGGUAGACUGUCCCGCCGGCGCCGACGCGCUGAACCACGCCCUCGCCCUCGCCUCCCCUUCCCCCCAAUCCACGCCUCUAACCCUCGACAUCCUCCUCGACAUCAACACCGGCACCCACCGCACCGGCCUACCCCCCGGCCUCCCCACCCUCCACCUCGCGCAACACAUCCUCACGCAAACCCCGCACCUCCACAUCCGCGGCAUCCAAGGCUACGAAGGCCACGCACAGCACAUCCACCCUGCAUCUGCGCGGCGCGCCGCGUGCGAGGAGAGUCUGGCAUUGCUUACUGGUACGGCGCGGCUGUUGAGGGGGGAAGGGGUGGAUGUGGGCGUGGUGUCGUGUGGGGGCACGGGCACGGUGCGGGUUUGUGCGGAGUGGGUGGAUGGCGUGGAUGGGGUGACGGGCGUGACGGAGGUGCAGCCGGGGAGCUUUGUGGGCAUGGAUGCGGAUUAUUUGGAUGUGGUUUGGGGGGGAGGGGCGUGGAAUGCGGAGGAGGAGGGGGAUGGAAAGGGGGAUGGAAAGGGGGGAAAGGGGAAUGAGGGUGAUGGAAAGGAGGAGGGAAAGGGUGAUGGAAAGGAGGAAAAGGAAAAGGAAAAGGAAGAAGAAAACGGCAAAUUCAAACCCGCACUAUGGAUCCUAAGCACAGUCAUCAGCGGACCCUGGGACGUCGACGUCGACGACAACGACGACCAGCACCCCGAAACAGGACAGAAACAACCCCCCAACCGUCCCCGCCCCCGCCGCCGCCGCGCAGUAAUAGACGCCGGCCUGAAAUCACUCACCACCGACAGCGGGCCCGCGCGCGUCUGGCAGCGUCCCGGCGUGACAUACGAGCCGCUCGGCGACGAGCACGGCGGACUGACCUGGGACGCGGACAGCGAUCCACAGGGCGGAUUCGCGUGGGGCGAGCGCGUGCUGCUUGUGCCGAGUCAUAUCGAUCCGACGGUCAAUCUGCAUGAUGUCUUUUAUGCUUGUCGGGACGGGCUGGUGGAGGAGGUGUGGCCGGUUGUUGGGAGGGGGAUGGUGCAGUGA